AUGCCUCAGCCAGACAACAUGACAGAGCUGUUCACCAACCUCUCGUGCCAGCACUCCAUCGACGACUUCCGUAACCGUGUCUACUCCACCCUCUACUCCAUGAUCAGCAUCAUGGGCUUCGUUGGCAAUGGCAUUGUCCUCUAUGUCCUCAUCAGGACCUACAGGCAGAAGACAGCCUUCCAGGUCUACAUGAUGAACCUGGCUGUGUCUGACUUCCUCUGUGUGCUCACCCUGCCCCUGCGUGUUGUCUACUACGUGCACAAGGGCAACUGGUUCUUCAGUGACUUACUGUGCAGGGUGGUGUCCUACACCCUCUAUGUCAACCUCUACUGCAGCAUCUUCUUCAUGACAGCCAUGAGCUUCUUCCGCUGCAUUGCCAUCGUCUUCCCAGUGCAGAACAUCAGCUUGGUGUCAGAGAGGAAAGCUAAGUUUGUCUGUGUUGGCAUCUGGAUCUUUGUCACUUUGACGAGCUCUCCCUUCCUACGCAAUGGGACGUACCAACAUGGCAACAAGACCAAGUGCUUUGAACCUCCUGAGAACUCUCAGAAGACCAAUAUGGUGGUGAUCUUGGAUUUUAUUGCCCUGUUUGUGGGGUUCAUCUUCCCCUUCAUUGUCAUCACCAUCUGCUACACCAUGAUCAUAAGGACCUUGCUGAAGAACUCCUUGAGGAAGAACCAGGCCAACCGCAGGAAGGCAGUGUGGAUGAUCAUCAUUGUCACUGCCACCUUCCUGGUGAGCUUCACCCCCUACCACAUCCUGCGCACUGUCCACCUCCACGUGCUGAGGCUGAAGAACACCAGCUGUGAGGAUGCCAUCUACCUGCAGAAAUCUGUGGUGGUGACCCUUCCCUUGGCAGCUGCCAACUGCUGUUUUGACCCACUUCUCUACUUCUUCUCAGGGGGCAACUUUAGGAAGAGACUCACCACGCUGAGGAAAGCUUCUUCCUCCAGUUUAUCCCAAGCCUUCAGGAAAAAGUUCUCUGUGAAGGAGAAGGAUGAGGAACCCUUCGAAGAGAGCCAAAGGGAGAAUGGGAAGGAAGCUGUGGUCGCUUCAUAA